AUGUCGAGAACAUCCCGGAACGCUGCCCCUACCACUUCUGGUGCGGGUCGACAAAACGAAUACUUCGUCCCUCGCGACGGCAUCGACCGUGAAGUCAUCUCCGCCGACAUCUGCCGCUAUCUGGGCAACGAUGCCCUCGUGCGUCCCGGUCAUUACGAGAACCCUCAGACAGGCCAAGCCGUGCAAGGCUACUACAUCACCGCUUACAGGAAUCUUACAACUGCUAUGAUUGAGGAUCUAAAAGCAGACUCUGCUCGAUGGGAUAGUGAAAGGCGUGCGCAGACGUCGCGCAAUACCUCUGGAGGUACUAUUGCCUCGAGAAACGUUGGCGUACCGCCGAGACACUCAUCUAACUCACCUGUAGUGCAAUACCGCUACUCGGAGACGCACCAGUCGCGUCAGCACCACGGUCCUACCGAGGGCCCUUAUCAGACCGACACAUACGCUCGUGACCCUGGCUUUGAUGGCCCUAGAUACCCAGGAACGGGUGCUCCCGGUUACACUGGAGCCGCUGGCUCAUACGGCCAGUCCUACGGUGCCUCAAGUAGUGGUGCGUUUGCCGGUUAUGCCCAAACCCAGCAAUCUCCUCCCCCGGCGGAUACAAGGUUCAGCUCUACUACCGCGGCCACCAUGGAUCCAUCCUACCAGGCUUCCCAGAGCCCCUACGUGGCCGUUGGAACAAACCAACGUCCCAGAGGCGGAUACGACCCUUACGCUAACCAGAUGGCCACAUCAUCAGCUGCUGCACAGCAGGCCUAUGCCACUGCUGCUCCCACGCAACAAGGCUAUACAGCCACUGCUUACCCAUAUUCAGGUCAGGCUCCUCCUGCGGGCUACGCGAUGCAGCCACAGGAUCCCUUCUACGGUCGUGGUGCGUAUAGCGGAGGCAACACUCGCGCGGCGGGUUUCCACAUGGUCGAAUUACUAACACUCAAGGUUUAG